AUGGAGCACAAAGUUUCCAAAGAACUCGAUUACACACCUUUGCUCGUUGCAGAGCCAGAGUAUGAGUACACAAGGUUAUACCCUCAAUCGGGUACAACAUCAACAACAGUUUACUCUGGUGGCAAUGAUACAGUCUUUGAGAUUCCACCGUCCAAAGCAUUCAACUUGUCCAGAUCACACUUUAGGUUCAACUUUACGAUCCCAGGUAUUGCCGACAAGUCUCAGAUGGUAUUUGCCGACUUUUGUCCAUUCUUCAGACAGGUGCAAGUGUACACAAGAGGUGGUUUGUAUUUGAUGGACCACACCAACUUCCAUUUGCACUCCAAGAUGGUGACAGCGAGAAACAAACCAUUGGUCGAGACAGAGAAUACAUUCAAUACAUUUGUUCAAGGUGAGGAGCAAUCGAUGAUCCCAUGUCUGAGUUCCAAGUUACCAAGGUCAUAUGAUCCUGGAUUUGUAUUCAACCCCAACAGUGGUGAGGAGGCUAUUGUGCCUUAUGUCGAGACCAAAUACUUUGCUGCUGGUGAUGCCGCCAAUGCUCAAUUGCUCCUCAAUGUUACCAUCCCAUUCAGUGAAAUGUACGAGUGGAUCCUUUGCGUUGACAAGGACAUUAUGUUGAACGAGACAUUACUUAUUAGAUUCGUUUGGUCUGAAUUGUCAAACAUUGCUUUCUCUGCUAAUCCUCCUCCUGCUAAGCCGGCAAAUUCGCCAUCAACAUUGAUGAUAUCAUCACCUGACCCAACUCAAGGUGCAGCAGCCAUUCCAGCACCUGCGAAUGGCACAUUCAAUAUUACAGACAUGGCAAUAUAUCUCGCUGUCGAGAAGAACUUGGCAAUUGUCAAUGAACUACAAUCAAGGAUUGUUAGUCCAGAUGGUUUCUCGUUGAUGAUUCCAUAUUGUUACAACAAUAUUACUUCUCUUAUAGGUAAUACUUCGUUGAUGCAGUAUGAUUAUUAUCCAGGUCAAUAUGAUGAUUAUCUUGCUCUAAGAUGGAUACUCAAAGACUCGAGCAUUCUUAAUCCAAGAGUCAGUCGUAGGAACUGGUGUUGGAUUGAGGAGUUUGGUGAUGGAACUUCGAACUUUAACAAAGACAACAUGAUCACUGGCAUCGACUUGAACCUUGGUGAACAGAAGUGGGACUUUAAUGCAUUCCUCAGCGAGGCCACAAACUUGACCCACAAUACUACAAUAGUUUGCAAGCGUAAGUUGGUCAUCACCCCAAAUGGACUGGCACUUGUGUAA